AUGUUUGCUCGUGGGCACUCCGCGGCGUCGCAGCUGGUGCGAGCCACCACCCGACAGCCCUUCCUCACCCGCGCCAACUCCACCCUCCAAGUAGGCGCUGUCAACCCUAUCAGGACCGGCGGCAAGUACACGGUAACACUGAUUCCCGGUGAUGGCAUCGGCGCCGAGGUCGCUGAGUCGGUCAAGACGGUCUUCAAGGCCGAGAACGCCCCCAUCCAGUGGGAGGAGAUUGACAUCACCACCCUCGAGACCCCCGUCGAGCGCACCGAGUCCAUGUUCCAGGAGUGCGUCAACUCCCUCAGCCGUAACAAGAUUGGCUUGAAGGGUAUCCUCCACACCCCCAUCUCCCGCUCCGGUCACCAGAGCUUCAACGUCGCCAUGCGCCAGCACCUCGACAUCUACGCCUCCGUCUCCAUGAUCAAGAACAUCCCCGGUUACAAGACGCGCCACGAGGGCGUCGACAUGUGCAUCAUCCGUGAGAACACCGAGGGUGAAUACUCGGGCCUCGAGCACCAGAGCGUGUCCGGCGUCGUCGAGUCCCUCAAGAUCAUUACCCGCAAGCAGUCGGAGCGCAUCUCCCGCUUCGCUUUCGACUUCGCCAAGGCGAACCAGCGCAACAAGGUGACCUGCAUUCACAAGGCCAACAUCAUGAAGCUUUCCGAUGGCCUCUUCCGAAGCGCCUUCCACCAGGUUUCCAAGGGCUACUCGGGCCUCGAGGUCAACGACAUGAUUGUCGACAACGCCUCCAUGCAGUGCGUCGGCAGGCCCCAGCAGUUUGACGUCCUCGUCACCCCCAACCUGUACGGCUCCGUCCUCUCCAACAUUGGUGCCGCUCUCGUCGGCGGCCCCGGUGUCGUCCCCGGCUGCAACAUGGGUGACGACAUUGCCCUCUUCGAGCCCGGCUGCCGUCACGUUGGUCUCGAUAUCAAGGGCAAGCACCAGGCCAACCCCACCGCCAUGCUUCUGUCCGGUGUUCUCAUGCUCCGACAUCUCGGCCUCCACCAACACGCCGACCCCAUCGAGAAGGCCGUGUACGACGUCAUCGCCGAGGGCAAGACCCUCACCCGCGACAUGGGCGGCUCGGCCUCCACCCUCGACUUCACCAAGGCCAUUCUCGACAAGCUCGAGGAAGUCCACAAGCAGUAA